CCUACUGCCUCCAGGAAGAAGGGGAAAGCGUCGGAACAUAAAGACCAGCUCUCCCGGCUGAAGGACAAAGAUCCUGAAUUCUAUAAGUUCUUGGAGGAAAAUGAUCACACACUGCUGGAUUUUGAUGCCUCAGACAGCUCUGAUGAGGAGGAGGAGAGGGUGCAUGUACCACCUGAUAAACUGGAGGAAGCAAGUGAUGAAGAUGAGGAUGAUGAUGAACAACAGGCAAAAGUCAAAUGGAAUAGAGCUUUUAUCCCUGUGAGCUUGAAAAUGGUUGAAGAAUGGAAAAGAGCUGCAGAGAGAAACCUAACACCAAAACUAUUCCAUGCAAUCACUCAAGCCUUUAAAGCAGCUGUAGCAACCACCAAAGGAGAUGAUGGUGGGGCUGAUCCCAGCAAGUUUCAAGUCACUGAUGCUUCAGUGUUCAAUGCCCUUGUGUCCUUCUGUAUCCGGGACCUCUUCCACUACCUGCAGAAGCUGCUUCUUCCAAAACCCCCAAAGAAUAAGCACAAACUGAUCCUCCCUUCCACCAGCCCACUUUGGAGCAAGCUGCGACUGGAUGUAAAAGUGUACCUUGGCUGUAGCAUACAACUCCUGUCUUGCUUAACAGAAGCCUCAGUUGGUGCAGCAGUCCUUCAGCAUGUCAAUUCCAUAGUGCCUUACUUUUUGUCCUUCCCAAAGCAGUGCCGUGCACUCCUCAAGCAAGCAAUUAAUUUGUGGAGCACAGGGGAAGAAACAGUGAGAGUACUGGCCUUCCUUGUGCUGAACAAGAUCUGCCGCUACAAGAAAGAGCUGUACCUGAGUCCCUUGCUCAAGUUGUAUUUUGUCCUCUUUCCUGCACGGCAAAUGUACAUUGCAUUUGUGAAGAAUUCCAGAUUCACCUCUCCCAAUGUCCUGCCCAUGAUCAACUUCAUGCAGCGCACACUGACAGAGAUGUAUGCCCUGGACACACACAUCUCUUACCAACAUGCCUUCAUCUACAUCCGGCAGCUCGCCAUUCACUUGCGCAGUGCAAUGACAAUAAAGAAGAAGGAGAACUUCCAGUCUGUGUAUAACUGGCAGUAUAUCCACUGUCUGUACUUCUGGUGCCGGGUUCUCAGCACAAUCCAUCCCAGUGAGGUCAUGGAGCCAUUGAUCUAUCCUUUGACACAGGUCAUCAUUGGCUGCAUAAAGCUGGUACCAACGUCUCGGUUCUACCCCCUGCGCAUGCACUGCAUCCGUGCACUUACACUGCUCUCUGAGAACACCAGGACCUUCAUCCCAGUGUUGCCAUUUAUCCUGGAGGUUUUCCAGCAAGUGGAUUUCAACAAGAAGCCAGGACGUAUUAGUGCUAAGCCUAUCAACUUUGCAGUGAUCUUGAAGCUUUCCAAUGCCAACCUGCAGGAGAAGGCCUACCGAGAUGGACUCAUUGACCAGCUCUAUGACCUGAUGCUUGAGUAUCUCCAUUGCCAAGCCUACAGCAUUGGAUUCCCAGAGUUGGUUCUCCCUACUAUCAUUCAGCUAAAAUCCUUCCUGAAGGAAUGCAAGAUUGCCAACUACUGCAAGCCUAUCCGACAGCUCCUGGAGAAGCUGCAGGAAAACUCUGCCUACAUCUCCAGCAGGCGUCAGAAAGCUGCCUUUGGCGUGGCCAGCAGGGAGGCUGUG